AUGCCGGGCCCGCGGGUGGCCGUGGCCGCGCUGCUGGCGCUGCUGGUCCCCGCCGCGGCGGGCAGCACCGGGACCGCCUGCGAGGUGUCCCCGGGAGACCGCUUCGACUGCGGCCCCGAGCGGCUGCUGUCGCGGGCGGACUGCGAGGAGCGGGGCUGCUGCUACCGCCCCGGCCCCGGCUCCGGCCCCGGCCCACCCUGGUGCUUCUUCCCCCGCGGCUACCGCAGCUACCGGGCGGAGAACCUGACUGCCACGGCCAGCGGCUACACCGCCCGGCUCCGCCGCGUCGUCGCCAGCUUCCUGCCAGAGGACGUGGGCUGCCUGCGGCUGGACCUGGCGCUGGAGACCCCCACCCGCCUGCGCUUCACGCUGCGGGACCCGGCCCGGCAGCGCUACGAGGUGCCCCUGGCCACGCCGCGGGGGAGCGGCCGGGCCGCCGCCGAGCUCUACGGGCUGAAGCUCAACUCCGACCCCUUCGGCCUCGUCGUCUACCGGCAGAGCGACGGGCAGGUCCUGCUGAACACCACCGUCGCGCCCCUCUUCUUCGCAGACCAGUUCCUGCAGAUCUCCACCUCCUUGCCCUCCCGGUUCAUUUCUGGGCUGGGGGAGCACCUGACCCCCCUGGUCCUCGACACAGCAUGGACCAGGGUGACCCUGUGGAAUCGGGACAUGGCGCCCGCGCCCCAGGUCAACCUCUAUGGGUCCCACCCUUUCUACCUGGUGAUGGAGGACAGUGGGUUGGCUCAUGGUGUCUUCUUGCUGAACAGCAAUGCAAUGGACGUGCUCCUGCAGCCCAGCCCGGCCCUGACCUGGCGUACAACAGGUGGGAUCCUGGACUUCUACGUCUUCCUGGGUCCUGACCCCAAGAGCGUGGUCCGGCAGUACCUGGAUGUCGUUGGGUUCCCCUUCAUGCCUCCAUACUGGGGCCUGGGCUUCCACCUUUGCCGCUGGGGCUACUCCUCCACCGACAUCACCCGGCAGGUCGUAGCCAACAUGACAGCAGCCCGCUUCCCCCUGGACGUGCAGUGGAAUGACCUGGAUUACACAGAUGCCAAGAGGGAUUUCACCUUCAACAAGAAAACCUUUAAGGACUACCCAGAGAUGGUGCAGGAUUUUCACCGCCAUGGGCUGAGGUACAUCAUGAUUGUGGAUCCUGGGAUCAGCAGCUCAGGGCCUCCUGGCACCUACAAACCCUAUGACGAGGGACUGAAACGAGGAGUGUUCAUCCGAAACGCCACGGGGCAGCCCCUGAUUGGGAAGGUGUGGCCAGGUCCCACUGCAUUCCCUGACUUCACCAACCCAGAGACUCAUGAGUGGUGGCACGACAUGGUGAAGGAUUUCCAUGACCAAGUGCCCUUCGACGGCAUGUGGAUUGACAUGAAUGAGCCAUCAAACUUUGUGGAGGGCUCCCAGCACGGCUGCCCUACCAACAGCUUGGAGCAGCCUCCCUACGUGCCAGGUGUUUUUGGGGGACGCCUCCAAGCGGGGACUAUCUGUGCCUCCAGCCAGCAGUUCCUGUCCUCCCACUACAACCUGCACAGCCUGUAUGGGCUGACCGAGGCCAUCGCCUCCCACAAUGCACUGCUGAGGGUCCGGGGCAAGCGUCCCUUUGUCAUCUCACGCUCCACGUUUGCGGGGCUGGGGCGCUACGCAGGGCACUGGACUGGGGACGUCGGCAGUGACUGGGAGCAGCUCUAUUACUCUGUACCAGAGAUCCUUCUCUUUAACCUCUUCGGGGUGCCGCUGGUGGGCGCUGACAUCUGCGGCUUCGCCGGCGACACAACCGAGGAGCUGUGCGUGCGCUGGACCCAGCUGGGUGCCUUCUACCCCUUCAUGAGGAACCACAACGACCACGGGGCACGGCCACAGGAGCCGUAUGCCUUCAGCCCGGCUGCCCAGGUUGCCAUGAGGGAUGCCCUCCGCCUCCGCUACUCCCUCCUGCCUUUCCUCUACACCCUCUUCCACCGGGCUCACUCUGCUGGAGAGACGGUGGCCCGGCCCCUCUUCCUCGAGUUCCCCAAGGACCCCAACACCUGGACUGUGGACCGGCAGCUCCUGUGGGGUGGGGGGCUGCUCAUCACACCUGUGCUGGAGCCAGGAGUCACCAAAGUCAGCGGCUACUUCCCAGCAGGGACGUGGUACAGCCUCAUGGGGGACUCCACCAUCCACAGCAAAGGGCAGUGGAUCCUCCUGUCAGCCCCCCUGGACACCAUUAACGUCCAUGUCCGUGCUGGGCACAUCCUGCCCCUGCAGGAGCCUGCGUUCAGCACUGCUGAGUCCCGCCAGAGGGGCAUGGCCCUGGUGGUGGCACUGACACCGGAUGGCUUCGCCAGGGGGGAACUGUUCUGGGAUGAUGGGGAGAGCUGGCAGACCUUUGAGAAUGGGGACUACACCGAGGUCCUCUUCCUGGCCAGCCAGGGCACCGUGCUCAGCCAGCUCCUGCGGGCAAGCACCCACCUGGAUGGGAUCCUGCUGGAGGCUGUGACCGUGCUGGGUGUCACCAGCCCUCCCCGGCAAGUCCUGGCCAACGGUGCCAUCGUGGGUGACUUCUCCUACCGCAGUGACACCCAGGUGCUGCAAGUCCCUGUGUCACUGCCAAUGUGGGAGCAGUUUGUGAUCUCUUGGUCUUGAGCCUGUGCUGCUUGGUGGGGGGAGGCAGUGCUGCUCCCUCCAGCUCUGGGGCUGAAUCCAUCCCAGCCCCCAUAGAACAGGAGCUGCUGCUGCUCAUCCCACCCCCUGCAGCUCCCGGGCUUUGGCUUCCCUUCAUGCCAGUGUGAGUUAGCUGGAGAUCAGAGCACUGGACUUGCAUCAGGGGGUGGCUGCACAACCCCCAGGGAUGGGGAAACCUUCAUCUCCUCCAGGAUAAAAAGGAUCCAAAGUGCCUUGAGAGACAGCAAACCUGUUAAUGUGACAGACCAGUG